CGUUUUAAUUGGCAUUUUAAGUAUUUUAAGUUUAUGUUGGAAACUUCUUGCUAUGGACUCGCUAUCAGACUAUGACUUCCUGACCCACCAGACGAGCCUCCCUUCAUCAUUCAAAGUCCACCACAAACCCACAGAAAAUACUUUUUGCCUCCAAAGUGUCCCGCUGUCAGACUUAAGUGACACCGAACAAAAAGCUUUAAUAAAAAAAAUCAAAAUUCGAACCGGCUUGAGGCACCCCAACGUUUUGGCCUUUUACCACCAUCUUCAGCACGAGAACGUCCUCUACAUAAAACAGGAAUAUUGUGAAAACGGCACUCUGACCGACUUUAUUUUGAAAGAAUGCAUUGAAAAAGAGAGACAGUUACAUGAAACUUUCAUUUGUAAACUUUUGUAUCAGAUUGUUUUUGCUUUAAAAACUGUGGAAUGCUUUAUGGGACAGCUGAACUUGGACACAUUAAUGCUUGAUAAAGAUUACAACAUCAAACUAUACAACUUUUUUAAUAUUGAAACUGGACAGAAUCAGAAGCAAAAAGAGAUCAAAAUGUCCCAACUUGGCGCAACAGUUUUCCAGCUAAGCACCUUAAAGCAAUUUGAUAAAAGCAGUUUUGAAAAAGUGCUUCAGAAGCAAGACUACUCUGAAGCAUUCAAAGGUCUGUUAGUGGCCUUGCUAAAAGAUUCUAGUGAAAUCAAGAAGCAUAUUAAUAAAGUCCUUUGUCAUCCAACUGUUUUACUACAGUCCAGUCAGUGGUGCAAAGACAGAUGCUUUAUAGAAAAAACAAUCACAAAAACAGACACUCUUUCAGAACAUUCAGAAUAUGCUGAUAAACUUGAGAAGCUCAGAAGGAGAGAGGCAGCUUUACAAGUAAAAGAGCAACUGCUCAAAGAACAGGAGCGUAAGUUGGCCCACAAGGAGAAAAAACUGCAAGUAAUGGAAAGAGCUAUUAAAGAGAAGAUGCAACAGGCUGAACUCUAUUUGAAACGCUCUAGAGAAAGUAAGUCAGUGAGCAGUGGAGCAAGUUCAAAAAUGUCUUAUGAGGACAUAGAGGAUCCAAAUUAUGUCACUUGUGACUCAGUUAUUUUGCCCACCAGUGCCAAGCUACAAGUGGAAAAAAUCGCGAAGCCCCAUAAUUUUACCAGAACCCUUUCAGAAAAAAGAAUAAGGUUCAAAACCAGUCCCUUAAAGGACCAUAACUUCACAAGAAAUAAAGUGAAUUUUAGAAAGAGUCUAAGGCAUUCAAAGAUACUGGAGCAAAAUGUAGUGAACAUUGAAAAUAUCCCUCCGGAGGACAGAAGAAAAUCUUUGUUUAAUGAGGCAGGAUAUGAAAAUGAUGUGGUGUCAAAGCCUUGCGGUAUAAAAAGCCUCGGAUGGACUGAAGAAACAAAAAAAUAUGCUUUUGACAUGUUAAGAAUUAUGAAUAGUGAUGAAAAUAUUGAUGGCAGUGGGGUUAGGCAUACUAGUUUAUAAUUGGGUCAUUCUACAGCAAAACUUGCCUGAGAUAUUUUUUCUGUUUAUUAAUGCAUUAAUUUAAUCUUUGUCCUAUGAUAUCACCAUAUCCUUUACAAAUACUUAUUGUACACCUUUUUAAUAUCAACAUUAGUGAUUUGGCAUGAAUAUAAAUUGUUUUCCUAAUUUAAUAAAAAGUCACUUAAAGGGAUAAAGCAAGUUUUGAUAUGGAAUGCCUCAAUUUAUAUAGUAUUGUACUAAGUAUAUAAUUGUAAUUUAUAGUAUUAUAGUUUUAAAUAAUAGUUGCAAUAAAAUAUCAAUAAUGCAAGUGCAAUAAAAUAUCUAUAAUAAAUUCAUCUACUAUUCAUUUAUUUACAAAUAACUUUAAGCUUAAGGCCAUGUAGGUUUUUCACCCUCUGCCAACUGCCUUCCAUAUAAAGCACUUUUAUCCCUAAACAAUACCAGCCUCUCAGUUUCCUUCCUAAAAUUAAUCAGUCUAAUAACUAACAAUAUAAAAUCCUGAAUUAAUUGGCUUACCUAUCUAGAUAUGCACCAAAAGCCAUACCAGUAAAAGGUAUUACCAAGAGGUACAAUUUUCUAGGCAAGAUUGAAAACAUUUUCCUGAGCAAGUCUCUUGUUCCUUGCCUUGCACUCCUGGGUAUAGGACCAGUCGGCGUAAAUGGUGCUCACUACAAAGGCGGGAAUAAGUGUUACUAAACAGUACCUUUUAAUUAAUCGGCCAAUGCCUAUGGCCAUCUGAAACUGAGGAAAACUAUCUAUGGGGACUGUUACAUCACAAGAUUUGUAGGUUAGGUGAGACUUCUUAAAUUAUAGUGAAAAUUACUUACCAGGAGUGAGGGAUUGCUGGGCUAUGGAUUACUGGACUGAGUUGUAGUUGAGGCUUUCGAAUAAAAUUAUCUUAGGGGAUUUAUUUUGCGUAAUAUGUACUUUUUUUGGAAAAGUAUGUUUUUUUAGAAUAAUCACUUGUUUUGACGUUUUGGCGACGCUGACAGUAAUGUC